GAGCAAGAUUCUGCUGUGGAGUUUCUCAUCUCCAUGGUGGUUGGUCCUGACAGACUCAGAGGGUGAACUAGGAGAGCACAGAGAAAAGAGCAUGCAAUGUGUCUGCUGUAGUCGUGUUGAAGAUGAAAAGCCCAAAGGGUCUGGCUCUGUAACAAAGGGGCAUUUGAUCUUCUCACAACUGGCUUUCGUACCAACCUCAAUCCAGAUCAAACUGAGGCUUUAACUAAAAAUUUAAAAUAAAAAGCACAAAAUUUAGAAUACACCUAGGAGUAUUAACUGAUAUAAAAGUCCCCUGGAUGCCCUAAAGGACCAAGAAAGAAUGAGUUACUACGGAAGUAGCUACCGAAUGUUCAAUGUGGACUCCAAAUAUCCAGGCUAUCCCCCAGAGCAUGCUGUAGCUGAGAAAAGAAGAGCAAGGAGGCGCCUGCUCCACAAAGAUGGAAGCUGUAAUGUGUACUUUAAACACAUUUUCGGGGAAUGGGGGAGCUACAUGGUCGACAUUUUCACCACUCUUGUGGAUACCAAGUGGCGCCAUAUGUUUGUAAUAUUUUCUUUGUCUUACAUUCUCUCCUGGUUGAUAUUUGGCUCCAUAUUUUGGCUCAUAGCCUUUCAUCACGGAGACCUAUUAAAUGAUCCAGACAUCACGCCUUGUGUUGACAAUGUGCAUUCAUUUACGGCAGCGUUUUUAUUCUCCCUUGAGACCCAAACCACCAUAGGGUAUGGUUACCGCUGUGUCACAGAAGAAUGCUCUGUGGCCGUGCUGACAGUGAUCCUUCAGUCCAUCUUAAGUUGCAUCAUAAAUACCUUCAUCAUUGGAGCAGCCUUGGCAAAGAUGGCAACUGCCCGGAAGAGAGCCCAGACCAUCCGCUUCAGCUAUUUCGCCCUCAUCGGUAUGAGAGAUGGGAAGCUUUGCCUCAUGUGGCGCAUAGGAGACUUCCGACCAAACCAUGUGGUUGAGGGCACAGUGAGAGCCCAGCUUCUCCGCUAUUCAGAAGACAGUGAAGGGCGGAUGACUAUGGCAUUUAAAGAUCUCAAGCUCGUCAAUGACCAGAUAAUCCUCGUAACCCCAGUGACAAUCGUCCACGAAAUUGACCAUGAGAGUCCUCUGUAUGCCCUUGACCGCAAGGCAGUAGCCAAAGAUAAUUUUGAGAUUUUGGUGACAUUUAUCUAUACUGGUGAUUCUACUGGGACAUCCCACCAAUCCAGAAGUUCCUACGUCCCCAGAGAAAUUCUCUGGGGCCAUAGGUUUAAUGAUGUAUUGGAAGUGAAGAGAAAGUACUACAAGGUGAACUGCUUGCAGUUUGAAGGAAGCGUGGAGGUCUAUGCGCCCUUCUGCAGUGCCAAACAACUGGACUGGAAAGAUCAACAACUCAACAACCUGGAGAAAACAUCCCCUGCACGGGGAUCCUGCACCUCUGAUACCAAUGUCAGGAGGAGGUCAUUCAGCGCAGUAGCCAUUGUAAGCAGCUGUGAGAACCCAGAGGAAACCACCACUUCCCCACCAGAUGAGGACAAGGAAGUCCCUUACCAGAAAGCUCUCUUGACUUUAAACAGGAUCUCCAUGGAAUCCCAGAUGUAGCCCUCUUCUCUGCCUCUUACCUAGAGGCAUGAAGCUGUAAGCAUGAUUUUUAACAAAAUGUUAGGUCUGUUCUUUGCAGCAGGAACAGAAAGUAGAGCAGGUGAGGUUUGGUAAGUGAUCGUCUGAAAAUUCCGUAGUUUUCUAAUAUUAAAAUUUGGUUUCGGUAGCAAAGUUUGUAUUGGGAAAAUCAAUUAAGAAGCUUAAUUGAUUACAAUUGGUCUCAUGAUUGCAUACACUUGUGUCUUCUCCUGAAGGUGAAAUAUUUAGGAGUGGGAGAAAAGAGGCUAAAAUAAAAAAAUAGAGAAACAAGUAAGCUAAAUAUUGACAUUUAUAAAAUAAUUAUGGAAUAGAAACUUAUCACGAUAUCUCUUCACCUAAGCACCACAGAUGAGAUAUGCCUCAGCUCAGAAACAUUGAGACAAGUAAGCAAAAUCAAGCGUGGUCUGAGUUACCCUAUUUGUGUCUCAUAAAUUGACAAUGCCAUCAAGUCACAGAUUCCUUUACUUGCCUAAAUUGUUACUACUGAGUGCAGAACCAUGUGCCAGAAGAAAAGGGGACAUCAUUACUUAAAGAAGUAUUUCUCUCUUAAAUACCUUGGUUCAACCAAACAAAUGGGGGACAGAAGUGAGGCAGGGCCUGCGUGUGUGCUCCAUGGAGAAGUCUCCUGUGCUCACACUCCCACUGUCCGUAAGCAUUUAUAGAAAGGCAGGAACACAGGGGCUGGAUGCAGGCGUGAGCGACAGCUGUAUGUAUCCUCAGACCUGUGGAGAACAGAUGCUCUUGGCUGCUGGUCCAGAGAGGAUACCGUGUGGGCUGAGAGGAAUUCAAAGAGAUAAAGCCCUUUCUGAAGGCAGGGGCCAGUGUGUGUGUGUGUGUGUGUGUGUGUGUGUGUGUGUGCGCGCGCGCGUGUGUUGGCUUGAGAUUUGGGGUAUGGACACUUUUGUGAAACAAUGUAAUGAAGUUGAUUUGAUUGUGUACUAGGGAGAUAAACUGAAUAAAUAGUAUAGGAAUGCCUACAUUUUAGAACUGGAGAUAAAUGUGCAUUUUCUGUUUUCAUGUUAAGGGAUUAAGUUAACUCCUGAUUAGUUGUAGCAUGAACCCGGUCUCAUACACAGUAAGCUUUAUAAACUGAAGAAUUGUUAGCUAUGGCUCGGCAUCAUUUCUGUAUUUUUUCCACUGUUGCUGAGUUAGGAAUGACUAUAUGAUACAGCUGUUGUUUGAUUUAAACACACACACACACACACACACACACACACACACACAUGCAUGCACGCACACAUCCUUACUUAAAUUUACUCUAAUAAAUAGAAUGAACUGAAUCACACAGUUCAAAAUUGCCAAGCUAAGUAAAACAAAUCUGUAUUUUCUGUCAUUUUCUUUUUUCCUCCUCUCCCUUUCUUUCUUUGCCUCUCCCUGUUACCCAGGAUCAAUAUAAAAUACAGUGUACCUCUUCAAAUGCAAAUGUGUAAAUAAAGCUUUCUUAGCUGCUGUUUUAGAAAUAAGAGAUCAGUUCAAGGGGGCAAGUUAAAAACUGCCUUGAAACAGUAUCUGAGACCUAGGUCAUGUUUAACCUGCACUGCUCAGGAGUGGGGACUAUUAUCUAACCCAUACACCAUGUAUUUAUACACCCACACAUUCUUGCAUGCAUGUGCAAACAGAGAGAGAGAGAGAGAGACAGAGACAGAUAGACAGAGACACAGAGAGAGACACAGAAACAGAUAGAGGCACAUACAGAGAAUUUGGAUUUCAUAGCAGCAACUACUUGUCUAAAUUAGAAUAUUACUAUUUCCAAGCCUGAGAAUUAUCAGCAUAACAAAGCUUUCCUCACCAAUUUGAAUUUGUCUCCCUAGAAGGCAGGUACAUGCUUCCUUUGCAGUCCUCCCAUGGGGAUUGCCUUGACAAGAGCAUAAUGGGAGGGGAGCUGGGAUCAUCCAUGUCUGAGUAAGCACAUUCUGGUGCACUAUGUGUUCAAACACAGAGUGGAAUGUAUGGUCGGCAUUCGCGUGUCCCAUGCAUCUCUAAUCUUCUGUUCAGAUUUAUAAGAUGCUCUGAAAACCCCCAAUGACUUACUUAAUAAAGAUCAUAAUAGAGUGACGCAAAACACUGUGUCCAUCUCUCUGAACC